AUGAGAAAUCUCUUACAUGCAGGUAUGGAGUGCGGAUUAGAUUUUCCGAACAGAGAAGCCCUUACCUUACAUUUAAGGCUACAUUCUGGUGAUCGAACGUUAGUAACGGAUUUAUGUGGGUUAGCAGCUGCCUUCCAACAAACUCCUGGACACUUCCUAACUCCAAAUACUCCUGGAACCCACCAGAUGAAUGGACCUAUCGGAACGCCCGGUGUUAGCCACAUGCAUGGUGCAACGCAAACGUCGCCACCAGUUGGUUCGGGUCCUAAACCAAAACCGCAUAUCUGUCCUGAUUGUGGCCGUGGGUUUGCUCAGAAGCACGGACUGUCGCAACAUCAACGGCGCCACACGGACGGCAGUUGUCAUAUAAGGUCACACGUGUGUGACAAGUGUGGAAAGGCUUUCUUCCAGAAGAAUCAUUUGUUAUUACAUCAACGUCAGCACAUGGAUCCUCCGCCGAGUAUACUUCGGCAACAACAGAGACAAGCGGCGCAAGCCGCUGCUCAACAAGCUCAACAACAGCAAGCGCAGCAACAGCAACAGCAACAAGUUCAACAGCAAGUCCAGCAACAGGUACAACAGCAGCAGCAGCAGCAGCAACAACAAGCGUGUUCCGUGGACACAAAAGCAAUACAGUUGAAUGUCACCAUGUGA